AUGGUGGCUUUUCAAGAUUAUUUAUUAACUUAUGCUAAAAGCUUCAUUCCAUUGUAUCCUCAAAUUAAAACAAUUCGUACAACUUAUGAUUUAAUUGAACAUUUAAAAUAUGAAUAUAGCUAUUUACCAAAUGAAUUAGUUUUCUUAUUCAAUCAUUUUUUUGAAUAUGUUACAAUUGAUAAAUUUUUUUGGAUUACACUUGGUUCAAUUGCAUUUAAUCCAAUAUUUUGGAAUAUUGCAGCUAGAUUAGAAUACAACAACCGUAUUUUAACUAAAUUAGCAUUUAAUUCUCCAAAAUUAGGUUGUUAUAUUUUAGCAAUUACAAUUUUUUCAUUAGGUAUAUUUAGAGAUUCAAUUUAUCAUGAAUUUUUAAAAUUACAGCCAACUUAUGCACCAAUUGAAGAGAGUUUGAUAGUUAAAUUUAUUGCUGUUUUGGUAUUUUUAUUUGGAAAUGUUUUGGUGGUUAGUUCAAUGUAUUCUUUAGGUGUUACUGGUACCUAUCUUGGAGAUUAUUUUGGUAUUUUGAUGAAUGAAAGAGUUACUGGGUUCCCAUUUAAUAUUAAUGAUAAUCCAAUGUAUAAUGGUUCUACUUUAUGUUUCUUAGGUACUGCUUUAUGGUAUGGUAAACCAAGUGGUAUUUUAAUUAGUGGAUUUGUUUAUGUCAUGUAUAAAAUUGCAUUAUUAUUUGAAGAACCAUUUACUGCUAAAAUAUAUGCUAAAAGAGAUGAAGAAUUGAAAAAGAAAGAGAUUUAG